GAGAGUGUUUUUGGAGGAAGGCAGAAAAUAAACUAGAGAGCAUAUUCUGAUAUUUUGAGGGGUCAAGUUUAUACACCUCUCUCUUCUUCUUCUCCACGCAAACCUUGAAAGCUUUGCUGUUCCGAAUCACUCUCUCUCUCUGUGUGAGUGUUUCAGUAGGAAUCGAAAAUGCAUUCGAAUCAUCUGCUUCUGGAGGAACCGAUAAGGAUGGCUUCGAUACUGGAGCCGUCGAAGGCGAGUUUUUUCCCUGCAAUGACGAAGAUUGUGGGGACGCUGGGGCCGAAAUCCCGAUCUGCGGAGGUCAUCUCUUCUUGCCUCAAUGCUGGAAUGUCUGUGGCCCGAUUCGAUUUCUCGUGGGGCAACCCGGAGUAUCACCAGGAGACUUUGGACAAUCUCAAGGCGGCUGUUAAGAGUACCAAGAAGCUUUGCGCGGUUAUGUUGGACACUGUAGGUCCCGAAUUGCAGGUUGUAAACAGAGGCGAGAAGAUCAUUGAACUCAAGGGAGAUGGCUUGGUUAUUCUUACCCCUGAUCAGGGACAAGAACCAUCUUCGGAGCUUUUGCCCAUCAAUUUUGAUGGAUUGUCAAAGGCAGUGACAAAGGGAGAUACCGUUUUCAUAGGCCAGUACCUGUUCACUGGAAGUGAAACUACUUCUGCAUGGUUGGAGGUGUCUGAAGUGAAAGGAGAUGAUGUUGUUUGUGUGGUAAAGAAUUCUGCAACAUUGGCCGGUUCUUUGUUCACUUUGCAUAUCUCUCAAGUUCAUAUUGACUUGCCUACUCUCUCUGAUAAAGAUAAGCAGGUUAUCAGUAGUUGGGGACUUAAAAACAAAAUUGAUUUCCUCUCACUGUCAUAUACACGACAUGCAGAAGAUGUUCGCCAAGCCCGCGAGUUCCUUUCUAAGUUGGGUGACCUCAGUCAGACACAAAUUUUCGCUAAGAUUGAAAAUAUGGAGGGAUUAACCCAUUUUGACGAGAUUCUACAAGAAGCUGACGGUAUUAUCCUAUCCCGUGGAAAUUUGGGCAUUGACCUGCCACCUGAGAAGGUGUUUUUAUUUCAAAAGGCUGCCCUUUACAAGUGUAACAUGGCUGGAAAGCCUGCUGUGGUUACUCGUGUUGUGGAUAGUAUGACCGACAACUUGAGGCCAACUCGUGCAGAAGCAACUGAUGUUGCAAAUGCUGUAUUAGACGGAAGCGAUGCAAUUCUUCUCGGUGCUGAGACUCUUCGUGGGUUAUACCCUGUUGAUACCAUCUCUACUGUUGGCAAAAUUUGUGCUGAGGCAGAGAAGGUUUUUAACCAGGACUUGUAUUUCAAGAGGACAGUCAAAUAUGUUGGAGAGCCAAUGACACACUUGGAAUCUAUUGCAUCCUCUGCGGUUCGGGCAGCCAUUAAGGUGAAGGCAUCUGUUAUUAUUUGCUUCACUUCUUCAGGACGGGCUGCAAGAUUGAUUGCUAAGUACCGACCCACAAUGCCAGUUCUUUCAGUCGUCAUCCCCCGGCUCAAGACAAAUCAGCUUAAGUGGAGCUUUACUGGAGCCUUUGAGGCAAGGCAAUCACUCUUAGUCAGGGGUCUUUACCCUAUGCUUGCUGAUCCUCGACACCCUGCCGAGUCCACCAGUUCAACAAACGAAUCAGUUCUAAAGGUUGCUCUUGAUCAUGGAAAGGCAUCAGGAGUUGUAAAGUCGCACGACCGAGUAGUUGUUUGCCAGAAAGUUGGUGAUGCCUCUGUUGUCAAGAUUAUUGAGCUUGAAGAUUAGAAUUCUUCUUACCCUAUAAUUUCCCUUUUUUAACUAUUGGGGCAUGGACCGAUCCCCUGUUACCUGGGAGGUUUAUAUCCCCAGGUUUUGGAGACUUGCUCGUUGAUUCGACUUCUAUGAAGGGUUAUACACUGAGGCAAUUAUAGUCUUUUAUUAAAAGUCUAUGAUGUCCAUGACCCCAUUUUGUGUUUACAUAUCAGUCAUUCAAGUCUCCAAUAAAGACGAUGCUUUUUCUGAUCU